GGUACUUUUUGACAUCACACAAGAAGAUGUUUUGUUUCUGGCUUCACCUCUGACCUUUGAUCCCUCUGUUGUGGAAAUAUUUGUUGCUCUUUCAAGUGGUGCCUCUCUGCUUAUUGUACCAACUUCAGUCAAAGUACUCCCAUCAAAAUUAGCCGAUGUUCUCUUUUUCCAUCACAGAGUGACAAUUCUGCAGGCAACACCAACAUUGCUUAGAAGAUUUGGAUCUCAGCUUAUCAAGUCAACUGUUUUAUCAGCCAGUACUUCUCUUCGAGUAUUAGCCCUUGGUGGCGAAGCAUUUCCGUCAUUGACUAUUCUCAAAAGCUGGAGAGGAGAAGGCAAUAAAACACAAAUAUUUAAUGUGUAUGGUAUCACAGAAGUAUCAAGUUGGGCAACCUUUUACAGGAUUCCAGAGAAGAUUCUUAACUCUACUUUGAAAUGUGAAUUGCCCGUACAGCUGGGAUUUCCUCUGCUUGGAACAGUAGUUGAAGUCAGAGACACUAAUGGUUUCAUAAUUCAAGAAGGCAACGGCCAAGUAUUUUUAGGUGGCAGAAACAGAGUCUGUUUUCUUGAUGAUGAAAUAACAGUACCACUUGGCACAAUGCGAGCCACAGGAGACUUUGUGACUGUGAAAGAUGGAGAGAUGUUUUUCUUGGGACGAAAGGAUAGUCAGAUCAAACGUCAUGGCAAACGUCUUAACAUUGAACUUGUGCAACAGCAUGAAGAAAUGGUUGUUUUUAAAAUUAGUUACAAAAUGGAUUUUGGUGUCUGUAAAAUUGAUGUUUCUGAGUUGAACAAGAUAUAUUUAAACUACAUAAAUGUGAAGUCUGAGAAUAAGCUCAAUGGAAAAGAGGAGCUUUGGGAAAAAUUACAGUAUUUGUGGAAGUCUAUUCUGAAUCUCUCAGAAGAUCUUUUGAAGGUUCCUGAUGAGUCACACUUCUUGAGUAGUGGUGGAGAUUCCUUAAAGUCCAUACGGCUCCUCAGUGAGAUUGAAAAACUUGUUGGUACAUCAGUACCUGGGCUUCUGGAAACUAUUCUCAGCAAUUCCAUUUUAGAGAUUUACAAUCAUAUCCUUCAAACAGUGUUUCCAGAUGAAGACCUGACAUUCAGGAAGAGUUAUGCCCCAAAAAGGAAACUUAGUGGCAUCGAUCAAGAGGAAGCCAGUGGAAAGUCUUUACAUCAGAAAUCUGUCAUGCCCUUAAAUUGCAAUGAGAUAAAUGCUUUUGUUGCACUGAGGAGAGGGAACCAGAUUUUUUCUUUGAAUACUACUAGGUUUUCAACCAAGAUAAGACACUGCUCUUUGGCCUAUUCUUCUGAUUUAAUUUCACAGAAUAACAUUCAAGAUUUCAAAGGCUUAAAUCCUCCAGCUCUUAUUGGGAAGUCCAAAGAUCCAUCCUGUGUUGCUAAAGUUUCUGAAGGGAGGAAACCUGUGAUAGGAGCUGAGAAAAUGGAGUUACAUGUGAGGUGGAGGUCAGACACUGGCAAAUGUGUAGAUGCUUCACCUCUGGUUGUAAUUCCAGUUGUUGAAAAGUCAUCUGCAACUGUGUACAUCGGCUCCCAUUCUCAUAGAAUGAAGGCAAUUGACCUUUACUCUGGGAAGGUGAAAUGGGAGCAGAUUUUGGGAGAUCGAAUUGAAUCCUCAGCAUGUAUAUCUAAGUGUGGAAACUUUAUUGUAGUGGGCUGUUAUAAUGGAUUAAUUUAUGUUCUGAAAAGUAAUAGUGGAGAAAAAUACUGGAUGUUUACUACCGAGGAUGCCGUCAAAAGCUCAGCAACCAUGGAUCCAACCACAGGACUCUUUUACAUUGGAUCUCAUGACCAGCAUGUAUAUGCUUUAGAUAUUUAUAAAAAGAAGUGUGUUUGGAAGUUAAAAUGUGGAGGAUCUGUCUUUUCUUCUCCUUGUUUGAGCCUGAUUCCACAUCAUUUGUAUUUUGCUACACUGGGCGGACUUUUACUGGCUGUAAAUCCUGCUACUGGGAACAGAGUAUGGAAACAUUCCUGUGGAAAACCACUCUUCUCUUCUCCACAGUGUUGCCUACAGUAUAUUUGUAUUGGCUGUGUAGAUGGAAAUUUGCUCUGCUUUACUCACUUGGGAGAACAGGUUUGGCAAUUCUCUACCAGUGGACCAAUCUUUUCAUCCCCAUGUACCUCAGCAUCAAAGCAAGAAAUAUUUUUUGGUUCCCAUGAUUGCUUUAUCUACUGUUGUAACAUGGAAGGUCACCUCCAAUGGAAAUUUGAAACUACGUCAAGGGUGUAUGCAACACCAUUUGCUUUCCAUAACCACAGUCAUAGCAAUGAAAUGUUGCUGGCAGCAGCAUCUACUGAUGGGAAAUUGUGGAUCUUGGAAUCUCAGAGUGGACAAUUACAAAGUGUAUUUGAUCUUCCCGGAGAAGUCUUCUCUUCUCCUGUGGUCUGGGAAUCAAUGCUA